UUCCCGUCUGUUUUCAUCCUUAGCUCUAGCCAUUGCCGACUUUCUUCUUUUUUGUGCAGCUAUGUUAUCCUAGAAGAGUAGCCAUGUUGAGAGAAUUAGCAUCAUCAGCAUCCUAGCUACAUAAAAAAUAACCCCAAGGAAUAAAAUACGUGGAACCAGUACGUGGGGUGUUCGUUCCUGCCAUAUCAAGCUACAGAGAUCUCAUUCCCUGCGUGAUUUAGACUUAAUUGCUUGUUAAUCGCCAGCCUAAGCUACAGUAUAGAUGUUAUGAAUACGCCCAAGGUACACGCGCGGCCGAUAAACCAUUCAUUCGUUGAAGCGGUUGAAAAGGAAGAUCGGGAGAAGGCGCGCUAGUAGAAAAUUAGGCGGCCGGUGAGUCAGGAAUAGCUCCUGCGGGAAGCAACGAACAAGGCAUCAUAUAAGAGGCACAUGCAUGGGUAGAUGGGACAGAGAGAGAGCGCGCGAUGCAGGCGCGGCCAUGACCAAGGACACCGUGCUGAUCGCCGCCUCCGUGGCCGCACUGUUCGUGGUCUCAGCCGCCACUUUCCUGUGCUCCAGGCGGCGCCGGCGCGGCCGCGGCGACGUGGAGCUCGGGCGCGGCGGCGUGGCGGCCGGGCUCGACGACGCCGCGCUGGCCACGUACCCGACGAUGGUGUACGAGGAGGAGAAGGAGAAGAAGAACGAGGAGGAAAGAGACGGCGCCGGAAAGCCGCAGCCGGCGGCGGCGGCAGGUGGGUCCGGGUCUGACGCGGCGCGGUGUGCGGUGUGCCUGGCGGACUACGCAGACGGCGACGAGCUCCGGCGGCUGCCCGGCUGCCGGCACGCGUUCCACCGCGGGUGCGUCGACCAGUGGCUGCGCCGCCGGCCGACGUGCCCGGUCUGCCGGGCCCCGCCGCCGCCGCCCAUGGGCAAGGGAGCAGCCGCCAGCGAUCCCUGCUCUGCUGCUGAUCAGGUUAUGGUAGCGUAGGUUGCGCAGUGCAGCAUCCGACGGCUAGCAGUUCGGUUGUGACGUCUUGCAGUGGACAAUUAGCGCAGUAGACUCCGUUAGCUUCUUCUAUACACACACGUAAAAGCUAGCUUGUUUCAUUUCACCCCAUUGUAUAUAGCUCUCUCUCACACACAUAAAAAAUACUAAAAUCUUUGAUUUUUUUUUCUAUAGACACGUGUAAAGUAUGUUACCUACGACUUGUCUACCUUUGGACCAUCAUAUCCUAGGACUUGUGUACUUUGGACCAAGUCCAAUGCUUGUGCUUCCUUCUCUGUCACAAAAGAGAGAGGCACUGCUCGUG